CUCUCUCAACUCUACACAUGCUCUCUGAAGAAACAACCUAAAAAGCUUUCUCUUUCUCAUGCUGAAUACAAACCCCAUGGCUUCUCCUUCUUCUUCUUCUAAUUGGGCUUUUAAAGCCCAGCUCCAUCAUCCUCUUUCUUCUUCCUCCUCGAUUAUGGACUUGGGUUUUUCUUCUAAAGCAAUCUCGUUUAGAAACCGGCCCAGUACAACUGCUACUAGAACUAGUGUUUACAUACACUGUGCUCUGAAUUCGCCUUCCGUACUCCACUUCCCCAAUCCGGUGAUUCCGCCCAAGGAGGAAACCGCCGUGGAACCCGCUCCGCCGAAGUGGAACCCGAUCCAGAGGGCAGCAGCAACGGCCCUUGAUAUCGCUGAAAUCGCGUUGGUAUCACGCGACCGCCAACGUCCGUUUCCUAAAACAGCGGAUCCACGUGUGCAACUGUCCGGGAAUUUCGCUCCAGUUCCGGAACAGCCCGUCCGCCACGCGCUCCCUGUUACAGGUGUUAUCCCCGAAUGCAUCAACGGUGUUUAUGUCCGAAACGGAGCGAAUCCGUUGUUCAAGCCUGUUGCGGGUCACCAUUUGUUCGACGGCGACGGCAUGGUUCAUGCGGUUACCAUUGAUAAUGGGUCCGCAAGUUACGCCUGCCGGUUAACCGAAACGCAGAGACUGGUACAAGAGCGGGAAUUGGGUCGGCCGAUUUUUCCGAAGGCAAUAGGUGAGCUACAUGGGCACACUGGAAUUGCAAGGCUCAUGUUGCUCUACUCCAGGGGAAUGUUCGGUCUUCUUGAUCACACAAAGGGCAUCGGCGUUGCUAACGCCGGAUUGGUUUACUUCAACAACCGCCUCCUCGCCAUGUCGGAGGAUGAUCUUCCUUACCAUGUCCGAAUCACUGAUUCUGGCGAUCUCAAGACUGUUGGUAGAUACGACUUCGAUGAUCAGCUUGAAUCGACCAUGAUUGCACAUCCAAAGAUUGACCCAGAAUCCAAAGAGCUCUUUGCUCUGAGCUAUGACGUCUUGAAAAAGCCGUAUCUGAAGUACUUCAAUCUUUCUCCUGACGGGAAGAAAUCACCGGAGGUGGAAAUUCCUCUUCCUGUCCCCACCAUGAUCCACGAUUUCGCAAUCACUGAGAAUUUCGUGGUGAUCCCUGACCAGCAGGUAGUUUUCAAGCUCGAAAAAAUGAUAAGCGGAGGCUCCCCUGUAGUCUAUGACAAAAACAAAGUUGCCCGGUACGGGAUUCUCUCGAAGAAUGCUAGUAACGCCGAUGAUAUAAUAUGGGUGGAAUGUCCGGAUACUUUCUGCUUUCAUCUGUGGAAUGCUUGGGAGGAGCUGGAAUCCGAUGAGGUGGUGGUUAUUGGGUCUCGCAUGACACCGGCAGACUCCAUUUUCAACGAAUGUGACGAGAAUUUAAAGUCUGAACUCUCCGAAAUCCGGCUCAAUUUAAAAACCGGGAAGUCCACGCGCCGCACAAUUCUCUCCAAUUCCAAACAAGUGAACCUAGAAGCCGGAAUGGUGAACCGGAACAGGCUCGGCAGAAAAACCCAAUACGCUUACCUCGCCAUUGCAGAGCCCUGGCCAAGAGUAUCAGGAUUCGCGAAGGUGGAUCUUUUUACAGGGGAGGUAAAAAAGCAUAUAUACGGCGACAGUCGGUUCGGCGGCGAACCAUUUUUCUUACCCAAAGACCCCAAUUCGGAAAACGAAGACGAGGGGUACAUCCUGGCCUUCGUCCACGACGAGAAGACGUGGAAAUCAGAGCUCCAGAUUGUGAAUGCCAUGACGUUGCAGGUUGAAGCUUCAGUUAAAUUACCGUCCAGGGUGCCUUAUGGCUUCCAUGGAACGUUUGUGGAAGCCAAGGACUUGGUAAAUCAAGCAUAAAUGGUGGGAGCAGCGGCAGCAGCCGCGGUGAAAUAAAGUAACUUAUUUUACCAGACAAGGAGAUUACCAGUGGGAUAGCGCACCAGGCAGGUCCCCGGAGUCCCCUGGAAAGCCUUUUUUUUUUUUUUUUUUUAUGGGGUUUGGUACAAUUUUUUUUUUUUUUUUUUUCUUGAAGGAACCAGUUUGUAGCUUUUUUUAGGAAGUGGGUACAAGAGCUCAGCUGGUUUCCCUUUUCUACUGUUAAGCUUCUGGCCAAUAUUUACAGUUUACACUGCAUAGAGUGUGUUGGUUUCACUAAAUUUCAAGUUUUAGC